AUGCCUAGGGGCAACAAGAGCAAGGGUCGCUCCCGGGCCAAAAGGCAGCAGACUCGGGGAGAGAGGCAGAAUCUCCAGGGUGCUCAGUCCGCUGCAGAGGAGGAAGCAACAUCGCCCCCUCUUGGCCAGGGAGAUGGGCCCAGCUCCCCUGAAGGCUGCACUCCUCAGGGGUCUCAGGAGGCCAUGCCCCACGGCUCUCCUGAGUUAGAUGUGCCCCGCUCAAUCUAUGAUGUUGGUGCUGAGGGUUCUGUUGCAAGUGCUGAUGAGACAAAUGAUGACAGACGUGCUCAUGCCUCCAAGAUAGCAGCUGCCAUUCUGUCUGCACGUAGAGAUCCUCUGACCAGGAAGGCCAAUGUAUUGAUAGAGUUCAUGCUGGAGAAAUUUAAGGUGAAAAAGGCCUUCACACAGGCAGAUAUGCUUAGGAAGAUCAGCAGGAAGUACAAGGUGCACUUCACUGAGAUCCUCAGGAGAAUCUCUGUGCGCCUCGAGUUGGUCUUUGGCCUUGAGUUGAAAGAAGUAGAUCCCAGUUCUCAGUCAUAUAUGCUUGUGAGCAAGCUGGGUCUCUCCACUGAGGGAAGUCUGAGUAACAGUACUGGGUUGCCCAAGACAGGGCUCCUGAUGACCCUCCUGGGUGUGAUCUUCAUGAAGGGGAACCAUGCCACUGAGGAAGAUAUUUCGGAAUUCCUGAAAGUAGUGGGGAUUUAUCCUGGGAAGAGUCAUGUAAUUUUUGGGGAACCCUGGGAGUUCAUCACCAAAGAUUUGGUGAAGGAAAAUUAUGUGAUAUACCGCCAAGUUCUUGGCAGUGACCCCCCACGCUAUGAGUUCAGGUGGGGUCCCAGAGCCUAUGCUGAAACAACCAAGAUGAAAGUCCUGGAAGUUGUAGCUAAGAUCAAUAAUACUUUCCCCAGUUUCUUCCCUAGUAUGUAUGAAGAGGCUAUGCUUGAUGAGGCUAAUAGAGCAGCACGGCGAUUUACAGCUGUGCCUGGCAAUGCUGUUGAUAUCAGUGAUAUCAGGGAAGUUAGGGCUCAUCAUCGCAAGUGCAUGACUCACAGCUCCUCCCACAUUUAG